UAAUGCGGCUCGGUGAUGCGGCUCGUGCAGCUGAGCCCCGCGGUGCCGCCCUGGCAGGUGACGCUGGAGGAGAUCGGCUCCCAAGUGGCGCUGGAGCACGGUCAGGCCAUGACGGUGCGAGUCUGCAAGGCGGACGGAGAGUGUAUGCGAAAUACAUCUGGAGGACCUACCACCCUCACGUACGGAGGGGAGAAGCUGGCGGAUGACAGGAAGAAGUUGAGAGAGUACGGCAUCAGGAACAGGGAUGAGGUCAGCUUCAUCAAGAAACUCCGCAAGUGACCUGUCAGGUAGAACAGAGACUCCAGCCCUGCCAGGACCAGGUGAGGGAUUCAGCGCUCCCCAAGGGGAAGAGGUUGAAAGAUUUCACAGAGAAGCAGACCCCAGUUGAACAGAUGCUCUGACAUGUUUCGUUUGUGCUGUUCAAAACGUCUGCCUCUGAGCUGGACGCAGAAUGUGCUUUUUGUAAUUAAAGAGACUCGUUUUCUGAGGC